GUGUCCUCCUGCCCCUUUCUCGCCCGCCUUUUGCCCAUUCGCCUGUUGCCCUGCCUCCAGCCCUCCCUCCGGCCCCCCUCUCCGUGGUGAUCCUCUCGUGCCCUGGCCGCCUUCCGUCGCCGGCUCGCAUGACAACCGAGCGCCAGCACUCGGGAUGGCGCCCGAAUGGGCGUAGCGCCCACAGCGCGCCGACACCGGUGCCGGAGACAUCGUACCAGAUCUCGGCUCACAUGCUCCGCCGGGAUCUGGCUCACAUGCAUGGGAGCCUGGUGGACUUUCUGACAAGCUACUCGAGCCUGUCUCCGUCGGUUCCUCCGGCCAAUCCCUCGCUGUUCGAGUCCCUCAGGCAGACACGCCCGCAGUCGAGCCUGGCUCGGUCGAUGCAGGACAUCCUGGACGAGCCGAUGCUUUCGUGCUUGCAACCCGUGCCGCGGCCACCGACUCCCCCGCCAGUCACACCCGUCCCUGAGGCCGCCGGUGCCGGCUCUCCCUUUGCCUCCGCUGUUGAUGCCGAGCUCAGCGCCGGGAGCGCUGUGGACAUCGAUGCCGGCACCACCGUGGCCGCCUCUCCUGACACUGGGGCUCCCACCGGGAUGGGGCCUGCUUCUGAUGGCGGGCCGGUUGUUGGCACUUGCCCGGAGGCUGGUAAUGGGUCUCUGCCAGCUGGCGACGCGUUGUCUGGAGCCUGGCCGAAUCAGGACACCCAGUCAUCAGGGUCGGCUGGGAAGGGUGACUCCUUCGAGGAGUCGCUGCUGGGCAAGCCGGAACUUGGUUUGCCGAGCCUGCCGCAGUAUCUGGCAACGUUGAGCCGCCUGAGCAAGCACAUCUUCUCCCUCGGGCCGGUGUCCGCGGAUUGCAUGUCGCACAUCACCCUCGGCCUGAACCGCCUCUCCACCUCGGUGCAGGAUAUUUACCAGGUGGCACUGGACUUGUAUGCGGAACUGGUGCACGUGGGCGACAGUUCGUCCGAAGACCCGGACCAGAGCAUCGACCUGAACCACCUGCUGUCCGUCUUCUCGUCGAUCGUUGUCAAGUCUGUGGCUUUGGUCCUUGAAGGGACGCCGACCUUGGAGCGGACCAGUGCGGUGGCCAGUUUCUUGGCGACCGUGCUGUCGAUCUGCCACACAUCCAAGCCGCUGGUGGAGCCGGUUUCGGCCCAGGAGUGCGCGUUCCUGCGUCUGCCGGCUGGGGUGCCUCCCCCGGCGCCGGUGUCCCUCCUGUGGGCUUUGCUGCAGGGGAUCGUGGGCCAGCAUUCGCCGCGGGCCGUUUGGUCGCCGCUCUGGCUGCUGGUCGAUGUGUUUGGCAUGGAGCGGCCGGAGGCCGGGGCCGCCGGUGCCGCCGGUGCCGAGGGCCCGGCGCUCGAGGCCUUCGCCGAUGGCCAUCCGUUGGUGGAUUACCUCGUGUCGCGGGGGCUGACCGGGUGCGGUCCUCUCGGGCCGCCGGAGCGCAUGGCCGCGAUCCUGCGUCGGGAGGCGGGCAAAAGUGCGGUCCAGGAUUUGCCGAGUGGCAAUCCGGCCGAUUCCACCGAGUCCCCGACUGCCCGCAAGACCCUGGCCCUGACGCACCUGUAUCUGUCGGUGGUGUGCCAUCUGGAUGGCAUGUUGCUGGAAAUGAUCGAGGAUGCGAAAUAUGGCGAGGGGUCGGGGCUGGCUGGACCCUCGCCGCUGACCAGCGCGGACGCCCUCCUGUGGCAGUGGCUGGCUGGCUGGGGGAACUCCCUGCAGGCAUGCACGCUUCGGGAUGGUACGGUUGUGUCACAGCCGGGCCAAGUGGCCACGCUCAAUGGCCGGGUACAUCUGGCUCAAUUGGCGGCCAUGGUCCUGGCGCCGGUGGUGCGUACCCUGCACAACCGGACUGACGACGGUGUGGCCGACGAGGACGAUGUGGCCGACGAGGACAACGAGAGCGACGAGGACGAUGUGUUUAAUGUGGAUGAUGCGGAUGCCUUGGACCGGUUGCUUAUUUCCUGCGCUCAGGCCAUGGCCAACUACGAUGGGACCGGGGCCCCGGCCUCCGGGCAUCUGGUUGGGAACGCGAUCGUCUUCUUGCUCCAGGCGCUGGGUGAGUUGCAGAAUGCUCGGCCUAUGUGGAGGUCGGCUAAGGCGCCGACCCUGGCCUGGCACUCUCCACAGACAGCGCUGCAUCCCCAUCCCAUUGCCGGGAAGGCGCUGGACUGUUUGGACCUUGGGACAUACUACACGGGCUUCCUGGACGCCGGGGAGCCCGAGGGGGCGACAUGCCUACUGUCGUCUGACCUGGAUUUCCGUCUAGAGGAGGACUCCUGAGAGAGUGAACAAGGGAGAGAGAGAGAGAGAGAGAGAGAGCGAGCGCGCGUUGGAGUAAAAGUCCAUGGCGGCUCCAGGCAAAACGUUCCCCUGGCCAUCCUUCUUGGGCCUUUUCUCCCUCUUCUUCCUCUUCCGCUCCUGCUGCUUUUCUCCUUUCCUUCUCUUUCUCCCUCUCCCUGCCCUCUUCCCUCCAUGUGACGCACCGCCCUGGUGAGGAAUCGACUGGCGAAGGCCCACACUGGUCGGA